GAGCGCAGAGGGCGCGGCCUCGGCAGCCGGGGCUGGGCCAGGAGGGCGGCACCUCGCCGCUAUCGGGGGCUGAAAGGCCCGACCGCUUGGGGCCUGGGGUCGCAUGGACACCCUGGCGCUGGGCCGAUGGCGACGACGGAGGCCCGAGGAUCUGCAGGUCCCGGGGGACGCGAAGCGGGCAUGCAGGAGGCUGGACGCCGCGGCGCCAGAGCGGGACUGCCCCCAGGUAAGGGUGCGCAUCCCAGCGUCCGGGGGCAGCGAGGAGCCCGAGUCCCUGGAUGCCCAGCGCAGAGGCCGCCUGCCCUCACCACGGCCCGACAGCGGCCAGCGCCGACCAGGCAUGGGGGGUCCUCCGGACGGCGGAAGGAGCCGGGCCCAGCCUUGCCCGCGGUGCAUCGCUGGAGAGUCUGGGCACUUUAGCCACACGGAGCGUCGGUAGGAGACCGCGCCAGGAGAGGAAGGUCACAGCCAUGGUUUCGAGCCCUCGUGCAGCGGCGGAUGUGCUCCCCCGGAUGGACCUGGCGCCUCUUGUCCCCACAGCAGCCGCCGUGCUCCCGUUGGGAGGUCCCGCCUCCUCACUCCAGAGCCAGAGAGCCUGUGGACCUCACUCCUCCCGAAGCCGCCUUUCCAGCGCAGCCUGCUGGGGACGGUCACGGCUUUAUCUGAGAGUUGAAAGUAUCUGGCAUCCAGCGUCGUGUGCAGUUUGGGAGUCCGCGUCCAAAUGGAAAGCCCCGCUCUGUACUUUUCUGUUGUUUCAAGGGUGUAUCCAGUGCUGCUGUGUGCUCUUUUUUAAUUAAAAGUCUUAUUUUUAUAU